GCAGAGCUAUAAAGAAAGUAAAGAGUACAGACAGGCAGAGAGAGAGCGCUGUUUGCCUAAACCCUGUUGGCUUCCCCAGUGUGCGUGUCCCAGUGUUGGUCAGUGGACCGUGUGGCGGACAGUGCCGCUGUGUCUGUGUGUCGCUCUGCUUGCACUGAACUCCGCUCGCCGCUGACCAGUGGAGGGUGAAGAGUGGGAGGAGGAACAGAGCGCCGGACGCCCCGCCGGUGGGUUUGCCCGGUCGAGGCAGUUUUCCAGGCUAGUCUCUGCAGCCAUGCUGGAAAACACAGCCGCGGAUGCUAAAGUGAAUAAUCAGUCAGGAACUACUAAAUGUGCAAUGGAAAGUGGUGACGGGAACACCGGAAUCCAAAUCAAUGGGUUUGACUUUCAGAGGCAGACGGUGCCGACCACAAGUGCAAUCACUAAUGCACACGCACAAGCCAUCCUCCAACAGUCUAAGUCUGAAGACUCGAGCGCUCUUCCGACCUCCAUCCAGCAGAGCGUAUUGCCUCAAACCCAGCUAAUGUUGGCCGGGGGACAGAUUGCAGGAUUGACCCUGACCCCAGCGCAGCAGAUGUUGAUCCAGCAGGCCCAAGCUCAGUUCCUGGCUGCAGCCGUGCAGCAUUCGGCCAACCAGCAGAACAGCACCACCGGGGCCAACAUCUCGGCCACCGCAGCCACACCCAUCAGCCAGCUGCCCCUGUCGCAGCCCAUUCAGAUCGCCUCUCAGCUACAGCCGCAGAAUCUCAGUCUGCCUCAGUUCGUCCUGCUGCAGCCCGGCCACCCCAUCGCCACACUACAGCAGCCUACUCAAUUCAUCAUCUCACAGCCAACACAGGCCCAACAGAGCAUAUUGCAAGCCCAGAGUCUUCUAAAUCUACCUCAAAGCCAAGCUAACCUCCUGCCGACUCAACAAAGCCUCACCCUUGCAACUCAGCCUGCCACUCCAACCCGCACAACAGCAUCCACACCCAUCCAGUCCCUGUCCCACACUCAGACGACACCCAAGCGGUUGGACACGCCCACUAUGGAGGAGCCCAGCGACCUGGAGGAACUGGAACAGUUUGCCAAGCUCUUCAAACAGAGGCGCAUCAAACUGGGCUUCACACAGGGCGAUGUUGGCCUGGCCAUGGGGAAGCUGUACGGAAACGACUUUAGCCAAACCACCAUCUCUCGCUUCGAGGCCUUGAACCUGAGCUUUAAGAACAUGUGCAAACUGAAGCCAUUGCUGGAGAAGUGGCUCAACGAUGCAGUUUGUGCAGAGACCCUGACAUCGGACCAGUCCCUGUCCAGCCCCAGUGCCCUGGGCUCCCCGGGCAUGGGCAUCGAGGGGAUCAACCGCCGACGAAAGAAGAGGACCAGUAUUGAGACCAACAUCCGAGUGGCCUUAGAAAAGAGCUUUCUGGAGCAGAACCAAAAACCUACCUCUGAAGAGAUCACCAUGAUCGCCGACCAGCUCAACAUGGAGAAGGAGGUGAUUCGGGUCUGGUUCUGCAAUCGCCGUCAGAAAGAGAAGAGGAUCAACCCUCCCAGCAGCGGAGGAGGAGGCUGCACCCCCAUCAAAACCCUCUUCACCCCCAGUAGCCCUUUAGUGGCCAGCACAGCAAGCCUUGUGAGCAGUCCAACUAUCAACACACCCACCACUCUGACUGUAAACUCAGUGAUGCCUCUCACCAGCACCAGCGUCUCCAGUUUGUCGUUCACAGGCACGAACACAGCGUCCGUCAUUUCCGCGGCGCCGAUAUUCACUACCGCCAGCUCUCCGUCUCUAAGUCCCUCGCCGACGACCAUUCAGUCCGGUAACUCGGAGAGCAAGGUACAAACCAUCCUCAACCAGGUCCCGACAUCCAUAGCCACCACUUUGGGGACUGGUCAAGUGAUGGUGUCGGCGUCGGGGCUGUCGGCGGCGCUGCAGGGCGCACAGUUACCCGGCAGCUUUGCUGCUAUGGCUGCUGCUGCCGGGCUCAACUCGGGACUGAUGGCAUCCUCCCAGUUCUCUCCGGGGGGGGCCCUGCUCAGUCUGACCGGAGGCCUUGGGGGCGGGCUGAGUCCUGCCCUCAUGAGCAACAGCACCCUGGCUACCAUCCAAGGUGUGUAUCAAUCUCUGGCCUCGAGUGGCAUCACUUCCCUGGACGGCAACCUGCUGUUCGCCAACACCUCUACCGGCACGCCGAUCUUCUUGUCCCCCCAGAACCUGUCGCUGCUCACUAGCUCCCCCCUCAGCCUGGUGUCGGCCGGGCCGGGGGGGCUGCAGGUCACAUCUGAUGCUCACCAUCAAGCCAGCGCGGCCGCUGUGCCGGUGCAGGCCUCGACCAUCACCACUGCCUCCAAGGCCCAGUGAAGCCCGUCGGGCUGCGUCCCGGGUCGACGCCCUGUUUCCCGCGCCGUGCACUACUCUCACACCUCGCAGGGAGGCUGUUGGGUCUCGGCUCUGCGCCUCACUAACCACCCAACAUUCUUUCCACUGUAUCUAUCAUUAUUUAAUCCUUUUGCUGCCACCAAAAAGAAAAUGACCUCAAAUGAGGUUGAGGUUGAAUUUUUUUUUUUUUUUUUAUUUUAUACAUUUUGUUUCCUUUUCAUGAUUCUUGGAUGUUUUUUUCCCACCAACAGUAGCCAGAUGGACACUUGUUGACCUGCGGCUCCUCAUGGACCUUGAGAACUGUCCAGGAAAAAAUAUAUACAUCCUCGGCACCAUCAAACUGUUCACAUUUUGUGUGUGUGUGUAAUAAAUAAAUAUAUAUAUAUAUAUAUAUAUAUAUAUAUAUUACACACACACACAUAAUAUAUGUCCUCCAAUUUCCAGGUCAGAAAUUUAUCUGAAAUACUUCUAACCAAAAACGUUGCGAUUUUCCUCUUUUUAACAUUCAAACUGAACAAUUUACUACUAAUUUCACUAUAUUCAUCAUCACUAAUGGGGAUUUGUGUCACCCAAUCUUUGAUUCACUCUUUUUUUUAGACAGCCAUGAUGUAAAUCAUAUCAAAGUUAUGUAGACAGAAACUUUUUAUUUCUUUUUGUCUUUUUUUAACAUUUUCAGAACUUUGUAAAUCUGAUGAGUUAAGAUUUAACUAUCAAUUUUUAAUCGUGGUUAUAAGGCUUUAAAAACAAGUAAUAAGUGGCCGAUAUAAAGGUUAUCACUGCUUUAAGGGUCGGAGGGACGAGGCGUGUCCCUCCGAGUCUGUCCUUCUGGAAACACUGAGUUUUACGCUUUGCUGCGGUGGCAGAGUUGCUUUUGUACACAGCGGUCUUCAGAGCGAUGGUGUUGUGGAUGGACGUCUGUUCGGAGGUCUGUACCUUUAGUUUGGAGUCGGGGUUGGAGAAGUCUGCAUGUGUCGUCUACAGCUCAGGCAGACGCCGAGAGUUGGGUAGUUGCAUGAUCCACAAGGCUGACCGGCCUGUUUUCGGGGAGGACUAGUCGGGGAGGGUGGGGGUGGGUGUAUGGUGGCAUUGGCUUGGUGGGGUUUAUUGUAUUGUGCGUUUGUUUUUUUUGUUUCUUUGAUAGUAGUACCGUCGUAUCUACUUGUGCACAGUAUCUGUACCAAAAAACUGGAUUGAUGAGCUGCAGUCUGCCUGUCUUGGGAGGAAUGAAAUUCUGUCUUUUUGUUUUUCUGCAGUCACUCGACUGGCUUACGUACUUUAAGAUAUACCAAAAAUAUUUGUUCAAAUAAUUGCUGUGUGUAGUCGGUGUAGGUUAGUGUAGUCAAUAUAUUUAUGAGUACAAAAUCUCUCUUCAUUGUCAACAGAAUAUAGAAAUGCAAUAUCUUGAUGAUUAUUUUCCAAAGAUGACCUUUUUUUUUAUUAUUUGACGAAGUGUCUCAUCGCUCAACUUUUGAAUUGGCAGCACAACUGACCAGAAAGAGGGUGAUUGGUGGGUUGGGGCAUGAAAAAGUUUAUUUUAUUUUUAUCAACGGGCCCUCACCAUACCGCCUGAUCUUUGUUAUCGCCCGGCCAUUUGGUGGUUUUGUUUUCCUUUCUUAAUCUAUUUUGGUAGCAGUUUUGGACUUUUGUGAAGCGUUCACGGAAGGGUUUUGUUUUUUGAGGUUUAUACCAAUAUUCAGCCAUAAAACAACAGCUUAAACCAAAGUGGUUUUCCUCAGUAGUUUCUGUACCUGUCCGAGCACGCAAGUUGACAUUCACGCGAUCUCUAUUCCCCACUCUGCUGAUAAAUUAUUUUCCCUUCUCCCACCUCCGUCGUUGCCGGAUAUCCCUGAUUUGUUGCUGCCGGAUGAGGAUCACAGAAACUUUAGCUUUAACAACUUGCUGCUGAAAGUCCUGUUGCAGAGGAGCGUGCUCCCUUAUAGCUUUAUGACCACACCGAGUGAAAUCAGGCUUUGUGGUUCAGACCUCCAGUCUAUAGAAACGUAUGAAUUGGAACAUCAGAUAACCAGAUACCCCCCCUCCUCCCAGGGCCGCCAUUCUGAGCCAGCAUGCUGUGAGAAAAAGAAAUCUAUCCCGCUCCCUAAAUCCGCCCGAGGACUAAUCAACCAAAGUCGACCAAACUACACGCGCAACGUAGCCUUGCUGUGCUACGUCCAAAAACCCCCCAAAAAUUACCAUCGUGAUAAUCUCACCGAGAGCGUAAGCAGUGUAAUCUGUCCAUGUUAUCCUUUAGUGUACUUCUUUUCUGUUGUUGAAUUAUUUUAACUGAAUAUACCUCAGCAGCACUUAAACAUAGAACAUAGAACCAUGUAGAAUCAUGUGUAAUCAUUGUCUGGCUCCCCAGUCAAGCUUUAUACUGAUAAACCACACAUAAAAGGACAACCUACUACUGCUAUUUUCUAGUACUACUAUUUCUGGGGUAUUUCCAGGUUUAAUUAUUAUUUUGAGAUCCUUCUGCCAAAGUAAAAGCCUUUCUCUUUGCAGCUAGGCGGGUGUCUGGCUGCCGUCCUCGGGGCCCCGUUGGGCUCCUAGAGGACCCGGUCCUGUUCCAGUGCUGUUUGUAGUUGCUAAAGAGUUGAACAGGAUAAACCAGUGGCCAUCGGCACUGCAGGAUGUUACUGAAAUAUUUAUCUGAAUUAGAGAAACGAUCUUUUCCUAAUUCUAUACAUAUAAAUAUAUAUAUAUACCCGUGUAAGAUAUUCAUAUUUUAUAUUUGAACCAGUAUGUUAUCAAGACUGAAUGUAGUGUUUAUCAUGCUUACUCGAAAAAGAGGGGGAAAAAAACUCCCCUCAAUCUUUCAUUUUUACUAUCGUAGGAAUCUUUAUUUUUUAUUCACAAAAACCUGACGACCAAAAAUUGAGAAUAAACCUUGAGACGGCGCCUCAGUGGUGCGUUGCUGACCCCUGCGAGGGCUUUUCAACAGGAAGCUCCUGACUCUGAAGCAUCUGAUCUUAGUCUUUAAAUAGAUUCUUUUUUUGUUGUUGUCGUGGACUUGAUUUGUUGUGCUGUCUUUAACAAUCAUUUAAAAUAUUUUUUAUAUUACUUUAUGCCUUAAUUGUUUUGUAUAGUGCGAGAGGGCAAGAUCACUGGCUUUCUUAGUUUGACAAAGAUUAACAUUAUCAUUUAUGCCUUAUUGUUACGUAGAAGACAUGAGCAUUGUAGCAUUGUUUUGUGUGUGUGUGUGUGUGUGAGAGCGAGCGCGCGGUGAGCUCACCUGGUGCAUUGUUUUUACUGUAACAAAACGGUGUACUUUGGGCAUUUUAAGAGCGUGGGAUGAUUAUGUUGCUACCGAUGUUUUUAGGUGUGACUCAAGAGGUUGAGGAUACAUGUGAGAAAAGCUUUACUAAUAAUUCUUAUAAUGUGUGUGUGUGUGUGUGUGUGUGUGUGUGUGUGUGUGUGUGUGUGUGUGUGUGUGUGUGUGUGUGUGUGUGAGAGAGAGUAAAUAAGGAGGGGAGUCUGCAAACCCUUAUGGUGCAUUUCCAUCGGUGUCCGAUAGUGAUUUUAAAAGCAUGGAGAGACCUCAGAGUACUUUUUGUCCAGAGAAGAGGAGGAGAGGGGGGGGGCGAUACUGAUUAACUAAAGCCUAAAGCAAACCCCGUUUAUGGUUCAAAGUCCAGUUUCCAGAUCACAGUUGGACGGUUUAAUCUCUACUAAUGAUCUUAACUGUCAAGUGACGUCGUUUCUGCCGAUGGCUUCUCGCGCGCUUCGGUUUCACUGCGCAGUCCAGAGAUUUCUCGAGGCUCUCGUGGAUGUUGAAGUUUGUCGACCUGCCGCGCUGGCUGGUUUUUAAGGUUGACAAAAGGAAGUGUGGAGCACCGGUUUAGGCAAAGGAAUCUGUAUACCUCAUUUAUAACUCGAGACUGAGUGAAACACGCUUUAAUCUACUAACAAAAUAAAUUAAAAAUAUAUAAAAAAAUAUAUAAAAGAAACGUAAAUAAAGAAACUUGUGUCGGCGGAGAAGCCCGUUCAUACCUGUACUUUGUGAAAGGCCACCACACGGGGGGGACAGAUCCCAUAUCAGUACUCCUGAAUGGUUUUUCUUUCACAAUUUGGUGUUUUUUUCUUUUUGCUGCACACUGAUGUAUUUGUCGGCAUCGGAUGGAAAUGAAUUGUUGUAACUUGAGAUUUAGGUUUAUUUGAGUAUAUUGUAUUCUUUUACUGUCACUUUUUUGUCAUAUGAAUAGACGACCCCUCCACGUUUGAACACUUUAAGUUUGACAAUCCUGUUUUGUCGUUUUAUUAUUUUUAUUUCUCCCUCUGAACAAGUACAGGUAUGUACAUGCCUUCCCACACGACGGCGCGCUCUCGCUUUCCUGUGGUACCAACAUAACCAAAGACUCUUAACUUGAUUGUAUACGAGCGAUGCCCGUCUACACCCCCCCCCCCCCCUCUCCGGGUGCACGCUCUCAACCGUGUCCUCGAUUCGUCUGUAAAGAGUUUGCUUUCAUUGCAUGCGAAUGUGUAUUCCCCCCGGAAACACUGGGCGGUUUCAGUGCCUGUGGGCGGGGACUAAUGAAAAAGGGGGCGGGGGGGACAAGAGACUGAGCGGGCUUCUCCGAAAGACACACACCAAUGUGGUGGUUAGCUGGGCCAUGUUUGUAAAUACCCACUGAGGGAUAACCCUGUGCACACUGUACAUGCUCGGGACUCCCGUGUUUUCUCGAGCGCUGUUGCUAUGGUGCCGCCCCAUCGCCACCCCCCCCCCGCCUCUAUCGCUCUCUCUCAAGGACUGUGGCGUGAAUCCUGUUCCCGCCUUGCUCAAGUGUGUCCGUCUCUUCCUCGUCAUCUGUACACUGUAUAGUCCAGAACAUUGACCCUGUUGUCUCCAGGAAUACACAUCCUGCGGCCCUUUUUUGACUCUCACUGCUGUGUCCCCCCACCCCGCCCCCCCAUCCUCCCUUUUGACGUUGUCUCUUCACUACGGACUCCUCUCAGCUGUGACACUAUGCAUCACGGUCCUUCACUCUGCAUGGACUGUGUCCCUCCGGCUAAGACCUCUGGCCGACGGGCUUCAGUGACACUUUGUGUGAUGCUUUACUCCAGGUGAGGUUGCAGGACCUCACAAGCGCGAUCCCAAAGCAAAAAUCCAAAUAUUGCAGAUACCAAAGAGAUCUCUCUGUCCUGUGUCUUUCUCUGUUCUCUCUCCCUCAACCCUGCAGCAUGUGUAUUAGGAGACAAACCCAGCACUGGCUCUAGUCCUAGCCUCAGUAAUUCCAAAGCUAGAUGUAUAUUUUGGUAUAUUUCCGGGAAGAACUUGCGUGGAAAAGCGUCUGUUUCUCGUUUGUUUGUUGUAAUCUUUUUUCUGUCACAGCAUGGAACUAAUUGCAGAACUGUCUUACUCUUGGUAGGUUAAAGAUAUAGUAUUUUUGUAUGUUUUGGGAUUUGUCAUGUGUGUGAUUAUCAGUUCACAGCCUAAGUGACCAUAGCUUUCAACAAGGAAAAAUGAGAAAAAAAAGGAAACUCCAACCAUGUAAAUAUUUUGUCUGUGUAUCUCAAGAACUGCAUUCUGUAAAACAUUUACUACUCGCGUGGAAAGCAUGGGCUCAUCUAAAGGAAUGUGUCCCCAAUUUAUUCUCCCAUUUUCUUAUUCUGCCGUCUUCUAGUAAUUGUCUCUCCAGGAGUCUUAACGUAAAGGAAUCCUGCUUUCCAUCGUGGACAAAUCACUGAGACACACUGCUCCAAAAUGACGACAAGGAAAAUGAAACCAAACUAAACUGCCUCCAGUCACGGCGGCGAACACCUGAAAGGUUGUGUAGGGGUUUUAAGUAUGUGAAUCAGGAUACAUAGUAGAUUUUGAUGCAUUUGUCUGCUGUAUUUUUGUUGGUUUUGUUUUUAUACACAUAUUAAAAUAACAUUUUACUGUAACUGUACAGUUCUCUUUUGUUGUAAACAUCAUUAAAACAUUUUCCAAGUG